AUGGAUACACCCGCACCUGCCAAAACUUCUAAGAAGCCGCUAGACCGCGAACAGACUUCCGAAGAGAAAGCAUUUUACGCUCGGAAUCACUUCGUCAUGACGGUCCUCGCGCUGAUCCUUUUCCCACCCUUGGGAUUGGGAGGCCUCUACUACAGCCGCAAGACCGACGAGGCCAACAAGAGCAGCGACUGGGAAGACGCUUACCACAACUCAACUCGGACUAUAUUUUUUGAUGUAUUUGGCAUAAUGAUUGGUUUGGGCCUCAUUUACGUAUUCGUCCUAGUUUUAUGA